UAUUAUUGGUAACGGAAUUAUUAUUGGUAAAUAUUUCCUUAUAUUUUCUGAAAUCGUAAAUCAUGCUAACAUUAGGUUAUCUGGCAUGGCCAUAUCUAAUGGCUGCAAAAAAGAAAUUGUUUUCCGAUCGCAAGAUGAAAGAACCAGAAAGAAAAGAUAAUGAAAAAAUAUCUGCCAACAACAGCAACAUAGUGGACAAGCGAUCAACGGCCGCCACCCCCCCUACAGCAAGCUGCGGAACUGCUGGUUCGCUGUCAGCAGUUACUGCAGGCCGCGAACGCGGAGGCAGCCACUCCCGCGACUACAGAGGCAGCCUCUCCCGCGACUACGGAGGCAAAUGCUCACGCGACUACGGAGGCAAACGCUCACGCGACUACGGAGGCAGCCGCUCACGCGACUACGGAGGCAGCCGCUCACGCGACUACGGCGGCACGGGUGCGCCGGAUGCCCACGGCAGAGCUACGCCGGGACCCGGUACUGUGGGUAGCCUACACCCGCGGGUGGGACGACCGCGCGUUGGUCUUCAGCAAGUCGACCAACGUGGGUCCGAAAACCGCGGUAACCGACAGGUCCCAGAGCCCAAGACGGCCCGUACAGCCAGCUGGCACACCGCGACCACCCCAGAUGCCGCAGUCCACACGGUUGCUCCGACCACCCCCCCAACCGCUCAUGGCAGUACUGGUCCCACGACCAAAAUCGUUCAAACUGCCAGCACCGCCCGCGUCGAGGAAAGUGGACCAGAAAAGUGCUCAAAUAACAACACCGGCAGAACAGACGACAACAGCGCCACCACAAAAUUCGAGGCAACGCUGGAACCAGUCUCGGAUGCGGGAAUACCGGGGACAGAAAAAGGCCGCCAAUCCCACCACCUCCCAACAGUACCGCCUGGAAAAACCGGCAUCUUCAACCACCCAACCGGCACCAGGCCCAAUGUCGCUGGAGUCAACCGACACGCCAGUCCCCGAGGCCAAGACACCGGAGGUAGCAAUGCCUACUGGUCAAACCGAGGCCACGGAACAACCGGCCACCGCCACUUCAAUACCGGUCGAUAUGAAGACAUCACCGGAUGAGGAGAAGGAGCUGCUGUGUGACAUGAUGGAUGUUGGUCCCCCAGACGACGUGGACACGGUGUUCCAAAUCACCAGUCCCGACCCCACGACGCCACCCCGACAUGGGUAGACAGUCCGGAGCGCGACAGCUACACCCAGCCGGAAUACCCCCCUCCGGAAACUGUCUACGACAGCCACUGAUCCGCCCACACACCCACCGGAAGCGGCCGGACAACCGCCGUCACUAUUCUGUGAUUGAUACGAUGAUAGCAUACAACACGUGUGUCAGCUCGAUCAUAUUAUUGUCUAGCCGUUGCACCACAUAAGAAA